UGCCACCAACCAAUCUCCCAGCCGCCCUCCCGUCAUGUCCCCCCAGAAGCAGAAAGUGAUCAACCUAACCGCCUUCCGCCGCAAGAAAGCGACCAUCUCCGACGAGGAAUUCCAAGAAUACCUUAUCGAGACGCACGGGCCGCAGUCUGCCAUCAUCCAGGCCCGGCAUGGUGCCUUGAAGGUCGUGCAGUUCCACACCCCCCAAUCCAGCAAAAACCUCAUCUUAGAAAAGAUCCCCUGGACCAUCCAGCCCGGGUGGCAGCUGGACGACUACGAUCUCAUCGUGUCGGUGUACGUGCCGAGCAUGGAGACGAUGGAGGCGAUCCUGACGGACCCCGAGUUCCAGCCGCUGUUUGCGGGCGAGGAGAGGGUUUUUGAGCCCGGGGCGAAAUUGACGGCCGGGUGGGAGGAGGUUUUUGUGGAGGGGGGGAGGGUGGUUGAUUCUGUUUCGCUUUCUGUUUGA